AUGGCUCAACUGGGCUUCCUGCUGUUUCUCAUUGUGGCCACCAGAGGGUGCAGUGCAGCUGAGGGCAAUUCUGAUCCUGAGGUCUGGACCUGUCCUUUCUGGUCUUCAUUGCCUAGAAGCUGCAAGGAAAUCAAACAGAAGCAGCCAAAUGCUCCAGAUGGCCCGUACUUCCUCUGCACCACCAACAACGCCAUCUACCAGACCUAUUUCUACUGUGACAUGACCACUGGGGGCGGUGGCUGGACCUUGGUGGCCAGUAUGCAUGAAAACUUCCUGGUGGAGAGGUGCAUGGUGUGCGAUUGCUGGUCCACUCUGCAGGGCAACAGAGCAGACUACCCAGAGGGAGAGAGCAACUGGGCCAACUACAACACCUUUGGGUCUGCAGAGGGCGCCACAAGCAAUGACUACAAAAACCCUGGCUACUUUGACAUCCAGGCCCAGGACCUGGGCAUCUGGCAUGUGCCCAAUAAGACUCCCCUGCAGAACUGGAGGAACCGCUCCCUGCUGAAGUGCCAUACCUAUACUGGCUUCUUCCAGCAUCUGGGACACAAUCUGUUUGGACACUACCAGAAAUACUCUGCGAAAUAUGGAGGAGGAAAGUGUUGGACCGACAAUGGCCCAGCAAUACCUGUGGUCUAUGAUUUUGGUGAUGUCCAGAAAACAGCGUCUUAUUACUCACUUUAUAGCCAGAGUGUCUUCAGUGUUCUUCUAAACUCUUCCUAUGAAAAAUGUUAG